UCCUCAGUCUGUUGCUAUCCUUUGCUGAGAGUGGAUCUUCGCUGCAUCUUCGAUCUUUGUUACGGAAUUGUAGUGAUAAGCUCAUUUUCAGAUCCAUAGAGUAUGGGAAGAAAGGCUGACCGGCUUCUGCUUGCUACUAUGGGUUGGUUUCCGGCAAGGCUGGCUCUGGCAGUGAUGGCGUGGUUCGGCUUCAUCAACCUGUACAUGGUGAGGGUCAAUCUGUCCGUGAUCAUCGUGGCGAUGGUGCGCCGGAACGAGACAGAUGGUUUCACCGCUCCGUGCCUUAGGAUCACAAAUACAACACAAGGCAAAACUACAGACUUUCAAGAUAAUGAGGAAACAGGAGAACGUAGUGCAGAAGGCGAGAUAAUCUGGGACGAGAGAACCCAAGGCUUUGUGCUGGCAGGCUUCUUUUAUGGCUACGCCACCACUCAGAUUCUGGGGGGUCGCCUGGCGGAGCUCUAUGGGACACGGUGGGUGUUCGGAAUCUGCAUCCUGGCGGGAGGCAUUUGUACUAUCUUUUCCCCCAUCGCGGCUCGUACUCAUUACGGCUUCUUGAUUGCCCUCAGAAUUACUCAGGGAAUAUUUCAGGGUGCCUCUUGGCCGUCUAUGCACGCUUGUGUGGCCCGCUGGAUUCCACCUCUUGAACGAUCCAGGUUCAUCGCUUCCGUCUACUUUGGUGCAACACUGAGCACAGCCUUUACGUUGCCCCUGUGCGGCGUGAUCAUCGCGGCGCACGGGUGGGCAGCGGCCUUCUACGUGACGGGCGCGCUGUCCCUCGUCUGGUGCGCCUUCUGGUUCGCCUUCAUGCACGACUCGCCCAGGCAGCAUCCCAGGAUCUCCGGCAAAGAGCUGCGUUACAUCGAGGACGCCCUGAGGGCAUCCGGUACCAGCAGCAGCCGCUCGACAAAGCUGCCCUUGAAGAGCAUCUUGACAAGCCUUCCUGUCUGGGCUAUUGUCGUGGGCGACGUCGGCAACACUUUCGGCUUGAAUCUCUUUCUUACUCAGCUUCCAACCUACAUGAAGAAUAUACUCGGAUUCUCUAUCAAGGAGAAUGGGGUGGUCUCCGCCCUCCCUUUCUUAUUGCGUUACACAGGCGCUCUCACCUGGAGCAAUCUAGGGGACUGGUUGAUUCGUAAAGGUCAUCUCUCUAUCAGAAAGUCGCGAAAACUGUUCAGUGUCAUUGCAAUGUGGGGACCUGGAGUAAUGAUCAUCGGCGUAGUAUAUUCAGGCUGUAACUCACAGGCAAUUGUGACUUUCAUUUGCUUGGCGCUCUUCUUCAAUGGUGCUGUGACCGCAAGCAUAACUGUUAAUCAUACAGACAUUGCUCCUAAUUUUUCAGGAACGCUCUUCGGGAUUGCCAACACGCUCUGUAGCUUUGGCGGCUUCUCUGUGCCAGUGAUGGUUGGCUACAUGACUCAUGGAGAGCAAACCCCGAGUCAGUGGCAGAAAGUAUUCUGGAUCUUCAUACCCGUAUACAUCAUCACGGAGAUCUUCUUCCUCGUGUUCAGCUCCGGCACAGUUCAACCAUGGAACUAUGGAGAGGCAGGCGAGCAGAGGGAAAAUGCUGAAGAGUCCGAGCUGAAUAAACUAAGGGAACAGGAUGUCAAAGCAUGAGUUAAUCCACUGAAAUGAAAAAAGAGAGAAAUGUGUAUUGUAGAGAAUGUUGGAUGUGUGACGUCGUGUUUCCAAGAACAAUAUACAAAACAUAACGUAGUAAAUAUUAAUUAUUAUCAUAACACGGUCCUGAUAUAUAUAUAGUA